AUGCCGGCAGGACGGAGCAGCGCCUUGCGGCGGUGCCUGCUCUUUGUGGCCAUCACCUGCGGCGCUGGCAUCUUCCCCUGGCCAGCGCAGGCUCUGCAAAGGAUCCCGCUGCGGAGGAUGCCCUCCAUCCGCCAGACGCUGCAGGGGAUGGGAGUGAAGUACCUGGACACCCAGUACUUCGGCGAGAUCAGCAUCGGCACCCCGGCGCAGACCUUCAAGGUGGUCUUUGACACGGGCUCUGCCAACCUGUGGGUGCCGUCCCGCAAGUGCUCGCCCCUGUACAGCGCCUGCGUGUCCCACAGCCGCUACGACUCGUCCAAGUCGCGCACGUACGUAGCCAACGGCACCGGCUUCGCCAUCCGCUACGGCACGGGGAGCGUCAAAGGCUUCCUCAGCCAGGACAUCGUCAUGGUCUCCGAUAUCCCCAUCGUGCAGGUCUUCGCCGAGGCCACGGCGCUGCCCGCCUUCCCCUUCAUCUUCGCCAGGUUCGACGGUGUGCUGGGCAUGGGCUACCCCAGCCAGGCCGUCGACGGCAUCACACCCGUCUUCGACCGCAUCCUCUCGCAGCAGAUCCUCAAGGAGGACGUGUUUUCUGUCUACUACAGCCGAGCUUCCAAGAACUCCCCUCUGCAACCUGGGGGCGAAAUCAUCCUGGGAGGCAGCGAUCCAGCCUACUACAGCGGGGACUUCCACUACCUGAGCGUCAGCAAAAGCGGCUUCUGGCAGAUCCGCAUGAAGGGCGUGUCCGUAGGGGCUGAAAUGCUCUUCUGCAAAGAAGGCUGCUCGGUGGCUAUCGACACCGGCGCGUCCUACAUCACCGGCCCGGCCGGCCCCGUGUCCGUGCUCAUGAAGGCCAUCGGGGCGGCCGAAAUGGCUGAGGGGGAGUUCGUCGUGGACUGCGACAAAGUCCCGCAGCUGCCCAACAUCUCCUUCCACCUGGGCGGGAAGGCGUACGGGCUCAGCGGCCCCGCGUACGUCCUCCGGCAAUCCCAGUACGGCGAGGACAUCUGCGUGGUGGCUUUCUCAGGCCUGGACAUCCCGCCGCCAGCUGGUCCCCUCUGGAUCCUAGGAGCCAGCUUCAUCGGGCACUACUACACCAAGUUCGACCGGCGCAACAACCGCAUCGGCUUGACGAGCGGGACGCACUCCCUGCUCGUGCCAGUGCAUCCGCACAAAAAAUGA